CUUCCCCAGGCGCCGCUGCCCACCCUGUUAACCUUCAACCAUGCUGGCCAGAGAAUGGACGCGGGGGAGUACGAUGUGUUGUCGGUGCGGGAGCAGCUCUUUCACGAGAGGGUCCGCGAGUGCAUCAUCUGCACCCUUCUCUUUGCCAGCCUAUACAUCCUCUGCCACUUUAUUCUAACCCGCUUCAAAAGGAACACAGACUUCACUGUUGAUGAUGACGAGGAUGCUGCUGUCAACAGAAUUGCGCUGUGGCUGUGCACCUUCACCUUGGCAGUCUCUCUCGGCGCUGUGCUGCUGUUGCCCUUCUCCAUCAUCAGCAAUGAAGUCCUGCUCUCCUUUCCACAGAACUAUUACAUCCAGUGGCUGAACGGCUCUCUCAUCCACGGGCUCUGGAAUCUGGUUUUCCUCUUCUCCAACCUCUCCCUCGUCUUCCUUAUGCCUUUUGCCUACUUCUUCACUGAGGCUGAAGGCUUUGCAGGAUCAAAGAAGGGGAUCAUGGCCCGCGUGUAUGAGACCUUCGUGGUGCUCCUGUUGCUAACCUUCUUGGUGCUGGGAAUGGUCUGGGUUGCGUCGGCCAUUGUGGACAAUGAUGCGGCCAGCAGGGAAUCUCUUUAUGACUUCUGGGAGUAUUAUCUCCCCUACCUCUAUUCCUGCAUCUCCCUGUUUGGUGUGCUGCUGCUGCUUUUGUGCACACCUUUUGGCCUGUCACGUAUGUUCACUGUUACGGGGACGCUACUGGUGAAGCCCAGGCUGCUGGAGGAUCUAGAUGAGCAACUGAACUGCACGGGGUUCGAGGAAGCUGCCAUUUGUCGCAAGAUCAACUCUGGGAAAACCUCCUGCUGGCUCAACCUUGACAUGGACCUGCUGAGACAACAAUAUCUAGCAAUCCACACACACAGGAUAACACUGGAAACACGCCGCAAGGCCUCAGCUUGGCAAAGGAACCUGGGCUACCCACUAGCCAUGCUCUCUCUGCUCUCUCUAACGGGUAUCUCUGUUCUUGUGGUCUGCUUCCAUGUCUUGGAGUUGUUGUUGGAUGAUGCAGCAAUGCCCCGAGGAAUCCAGGAGGCACCACUGGGGAAAGUUUCCUUCUCUAUUUUUGGCUCCUUUGGGGCAGCCGUGCAGGUGAUUCUCAUAUUCUAUUUAAUGAUUUCCUCCGUUGUGGGGUUCUAUAGUUCUCCUCUCUUCACCAAACUGCUGCCAGAACGACAUGAUACAACUAUGACCAAGAUAAUUGGGAACUGUGUCUCCCUGUUGGUGUUGAGCUCAGCACUCCCAGUUUUGUCUCGUACACUGGGGAUCACAAGGUUUGACCUUCUAGGUGACUUCGGGAGGUUUAACUGGCUGGGAAACUUCUACAUUGUCUUUCUCUACAAUAUGCUCUUUGCCGGCCUCACUACUCUUUGCCUGGUGAAGAAAUUCACCUGGGCUGUACAAGCUGAACUCAUCCGGGCCUUCGGCCUCCACAAGCUGCCUCUGCCUGUGACCCGGUCCCAGAAGCCGAGCAAACUCAGCUAGAACAAUCAUCAGUGCCUGGAUGAAGCCUGGGCAAGGUG